GAUUUGACGGCAGGGGCGUUGUAUACUGCUCUUGAUGUGAUGGGAUAUGUUGGUAUUGUCUGAGAUUGUUUAUAUUUUGGAGUUGCGUCUGUGAAUUUGUACUCAAGAAACGUAAUUAGAAUUCGUCCGAAAACACAGCAGAAUGACCUGGGGUUUUGUAACUUGUGGUCCUAAUGAAGCAUUGGUGGUUUCAGGGUGCUGUUACAACAAGCCCCUACUUGUGCCUGGGGGAAGAGCAUUUGUAUGGCCCACAAUUCAGUGUGUGCAGAGGAUUUCCUUGAACACAAUGACCCUUCAGGUAGAGAGCCCGACAGUCUACACCAGCCAGGGGGUUCCAAUAUCAGUGACUGGGAUUGCACAAGUGAAAAUCCAGGGGCAAAAUGAGGAGAUGCUCCUUGCUGCUUGUGAGCAGUUUCUGGGGAAGCAGGAACAUGAAAUUCAACACAUUGCUCUGGUCACUCUGGAAGGACAUCAGCGUGCCAUCAUGGGUAGCAUGACUGUUGAGGAAAUCUACAAAGACAGGAAGAAAUUCAGCAAGCAGGUGUUUGAGGUUGCUUCGUCUGACCUGGUUAAUAUGGGCAUCACCGUUGUGUCGUACACACUGAAAGAUAUCCGAGAUGAGGAGGGGGCGAAGGGUUACUUAAAAAGUUUGGGAAUGGCAAGAACUGCAGAGGUGAAACGUGAUGCUCGCAUUGGAGAAGCUGAAGCAAGGCGUGAUGCCCAGAUUAAAGAGGCAAUUGCUGAGGAAGAGCGCAUGGCUUCAAGGUUUUUGAAUGACACAGAAAUUGCCAAAGCACAAAGAGACUUUGAACUGAAGAAAGCAGCAUAUGAUGUGGAAGUGCAGACAAAGAAAGCCGAGGCUGAGUUGGCGUAUGAACUCCAAGCUGCCAAGACAAAGCAACGCAUUAAGGAAGAGCAGAUGCAGAUCUUAGUUGUAGAACGAAGUCAGGAGAUUGCUGUGCAGGAUCAGGAAAUGCAGCGCAAAGAGAGAGAGUUGGAAGCUACAGUUAGGCGACCUGCAGAGGCAGAAAAAUACAAACUGGAGAAGUUGGCAGAAGCUAAUAGGAAUAGAGUAAUCCUAGAAGCUGAGGCAGAAGCAGAAUCAGUACGAGUGCGUGGAGAAGCAGAAGCAUUUGCCAUCGAGGCAAAGGCUCGAGCAGAGGCAGAGCAAAUGGCUAAGAAAGCAGAUGCCUGGAAGGACUACAAGGAAGCUGCCAUGGUCGACAUGCUUCUCGAUACUUUGCCAAAGGUGGCUGCUGAGGUUGCAGCCCCUCUCUCCCAAGCCAAGAAGAUUACAAUGGUAUCCAGUGGACAAGGAGAAAUUGGUGCAGCCAAAUUAACUGGAGAAGUUCUGAGCAUUGUCAGUAGAGUACCAGAAGUGGUCAAGAACCUUACAGGCGUUGACAUCAUAAAGUCUGUCCGUGCCGCUUGAAGAUCUCAUCUGAUGAAUUAUUCUAUUGCAUUUUUCUUCGUUUCAUCAAGUAAUAAGCUGUCAAUAUAUAGGCUAGUCAUACUUCAUUGUACUAUUCUCAUUUGUUUUAUUUUGACAGGUAUUUGUAAUAAGUACAUGUUGUUACAGAUAGCCUUUAUGCAGAGGUUUUGAGUGUGGGAUCCAUAACCAGAAUUCAUUGUAAUUUCCUUGAUGGAAAUGUUGCUAUUUGCAUUUAUUGAUCAGUUUAACAGUACUUUGUGAUUUAACAACUCAGUGAGAGAAUAAAUUAAUACAUUUACUGUCAGCCAUGGAAGCUGCUGAUCAACUGAGUGUGCUCUAGCACCAGUGAAAAUUUAUAAAAUCAUAGCUAGUAAAAAUAUUCAAUUUGUUUCCCUGUAGAUGUUACUCAGAUGUUAUAAAAAACAUCAUAGAUUAUAUUUCAGGCUUUGAAUUACUGAAAUGUGCAUGAUGUUUCAAUAUUUAAUAGAAGUGAUUAUUUUAUAUUUCUAGUGUGUAUUUGUAGCCAUGGCUAUGUAACCUACAAGGUGAAAUGGGGAUUCAUAUUUCUGGCAGUGAAUGUUUUAAUUGGUUAAUCCAGUAAAUGUUGUCUCUUUUUUUUCCCUUGGGAUAUAACUGUCAUUGGACUAUGUCAUUGUUGGUGUAUGUCUGGGCUGAGUUAAGGUCCUUUUAGGCUAUAGGCACUUCUGUUUCAUAGGCCCUAUGGUGGAGUUCUUGUCAUUUUAUAAACAAAUCCUGUUUCCUUGUUUUCUUCCUCAUUUCAUUUCUGAUGUCACACAAGGUGGCUUGGAACCAAGGAAUGAAGAGUGUGAUCCCUCCCUAGCCAAGUCAUGCUACCUUGUUACCCUGAAUCCCACAGAGCUGCUGGCUGAACACGUAUAUAUAUAUAUAUAUAUAUAACAGUGGCCUGUAUGGGCCCUUCCUAUACGUUCCUUUGAACAGGCUAAAAUAAAAAAAUCUUACUGGAACACUGUGAUGUCCAUGCCCGCCCGCCCACCAACCAACCUGGACCCUUCCAUAUUUCAGACUAGUCCUUUAGACCGAGGAUAUGCAACAUAUGGCCCCACAGGCCACAUAUGGCCCUUGUAACCUUUUUAUGCAUAUUACCAAGGAUCUGACAACACUACCAGAUGUAAGACCAAGCUGUACUCAUCCUUUGUUUCAUAUGCUCCCUCCAAGUCAGGAUACUUCACUGACAGUGGGACAUAUCAUCCUAUCUAGUACAAGUACUAUGAACUCAUCUCCUUUUUCCUCUUUGUGAAGAGCAAAAGUUCUCUCUUGUGAGGAUUUACAUGUAGGUCUUUGGUCCUGUACCAGCUUUUCGCUGUGUUCAGAUCCCUUACAUGAACUCUGGCAAUAUGUGCAAAUUCCUGUUAUCAUCAAGGCCAAGUAUGUACAAACCCCCUUCAUUGAGCCAUGCAAAGAGCCCAUUCACCACCAGGCUAAACAGUAAUGGGGACAAAGCCCACCCUACAGAAAUCCCUAUUCAACAGGCUCAACUUGCAUGUUGAUACAUUCUCAGUACCUACAAUAAUAUCAAACAUUAGAAGCCUGAUUCUCAAAUCCUCAAUAAGUAAAAGUGUUCAUGGUUGGUUUGUUUCAUUCUAGAGGGUGUGUAUUUUGAAAUGCAAAGUAUCAAAAUUAAAUUCUUAAAAUAUUUAAUGCUUCUGUAGAAGAUUCAAGAAAAAACUGCUAUUUUCAUCAUACAUUGUAUUCAUCUGACGUAUUUUCUUUGUCAGUAAUGUGGAUAAUCAGAAUAUAUAUAUUUGUUUUUA